AUGGCGCCAGAAGCGAGCGGCACGGCCAACGGCUCCGUGUCACAGAGGGUUGUCCUCAUUACCGGCGCAAACUCUGGCAUUGGCUACGACUUGUCCGCUGCCCUUGUGGAAUCGCCAGAGAACCACGUCAUCAUGGGCUGUCGCAACUACGAGCGAGGCGCGAGGGCCCUGCAGCGGUUGCAGGCCCAGCCUCACGCCGGCUCCCUCAGUCUCCUCGAGGUGGACAUCACAGACGACCAGAGCAUCGGCCUGGCCGUGGAAAAGCUCACCUUCGAGUUUGGCGUCGUCGACGUGCUCGUGAACAAUGCCGGCGCCGUCAUGCGCAACUUUCCGGAUCGACGGUCCGAGAUUCUGGACACCAUCAACACAAACUCCGUCGGCCACCUCGUCUUCACGGAAGCUCUGGAGCCGCUGCUCCAAAAGUCCAGCGACCCCAGAAUCAUCAACGUCUCCUCGGGGCUCGGUUCAAUCAACGCUCGUCUUGAUCCGAACGAUUCCACCUACCGCAUUGCUUCUGAGGCGUACAGAAUGUCCAAGGCGGCGCUCAACAUGGCCACCGCCUGCAUGUACGCCAACUACAAGGUAUGGGGGGCCAAGGUAUGGGCCUACUGUCCGGGAAAUGGCAUCACCAACUUGACGGGAGCAGGGGAGUCCAGGGGACGCUCAGAAUCUACCGGCGCGGUGAGUUUCGCGGCAAGCGCUGCCGGCAUUGUCGACAUCGUCCAGGGGACGAAGGACGGUGACGUGGGCCGGUUUUUGCAAGUCGGUGGAAGGAUACUAGACUGGUAG